UGAACGCACCCCGAGAAAGCGGAAACGAGUCUAGUGGCGGUUCCGGUUGCUAAUGUGCAAAGAUGUCGCCGUCCUUAUUCAACUUUGUCGACGCUAAAGACACAUUUACGGCUUCUGCCAGAUCCGCCCUGACCAGUAAAACCAGCACACCGUUGGUAAACGCUUUCAAUCAGUUCCCCGGCAAUGAGACGGAGAAGAAAACCACGCUGGACCAGGCUCUGAGGGGAGUUCUCGGGGAUCAGAUUAUUGAGCGUAAGGCGAGCUGCGAUGACUACCUGUCUCUCAUCUACCUGAGCAUCGACGGUGUUAAAGAGGGUGUCUGCUCGGCUACGACACCGUUCAUUUUGCUGGGAGACGUGUUGGAUUGCCUUCCCCUCGACCAGUGUGACAAAAUAUUCUCCUUUGUGGAGGAAAAUGUCUCCAUCUGGAAGUCGAACUCCUUUUAUACUGCUGGGAAGAACUACUUGUUGAGGAUGUGUAAUGAUCUUUUGAGGAGGCUGUCCAAAUCUCAGAAUACAGUAUUUUGUGGGCGAAUCCAGCUUUUCCUGGCUCGCCUCUUCCCUCUGUCUGAGAAAUCGGGCCUCAAUCUACAGAGCCAAUUCAAUCUGGAAAACAUAACGGUGUUCAAUAAAAACGAACAAGAAAGCACUUUUGGCCAGAAGCCCGCAGAAGAAAAGGAAGAUGGUAUGGAGGUGGAGGAAGGAGAAAUGGGAGAGGAUGAUAAUCCUGCACCAUGUUCCAUUCCGAUCGACUACAACUUGUACAGGAAGUUCUGGACACUGCAGGACUACUUCAGGAACCCUGUGCAAUGCUACGAUAAAUUCUCUUGGAUGACGUUCCUCAAGUUCUCAGAUGAGACCUUGGCCGUAUUCAAGAGCUACAAGUUGGACGACAUGCAGGCCUCAAAGAGGAAACUGGAGGAGCUGAGGGCAUCCGGAGGAGAACACGUUUACUUUGCCAAGUUCCUCACAAGCGAGAAGCUGAUGGACUUGCAGCUCAGCGACAGUAAUUUCCGACGGCACAUUCUACUUCAGUACCUCAUCCUCUUCCAGUACCUGAAAGGUCAGGUGAAGUUCAAAAGCUCCAGCUGUCUUCUGAACGACGACCAGACGACGUGGAUAGAGGAGACGACUAAACUGGUUUACCAGCUGCUGAAAGAGAUCCCUCCUGAUGGAGACAAGUUUGGCACCAUGCUCGAGCACAUCCUCAACACAGAGGAGAACUGGAAUACCUGGAAAAAUGAGGGAUGCCCAAGCUUUGUGAAAGAAAGGAUGGUGGACGACAAACCCAAAAGACCCACCAGGAAAAGACAAGCACCAGAAGACUUCCUCGGAAAAGGGCCAGAUCGCAAGAUCUUCAUGGGAAAUGAUGAGUUGACUCGACUGUGGAACCUGAACCAGGACAACAUGGAGGCCUGUAGGUCAGAAAGCAGGGAGUUCAUGCCAUCACUGGACGAAUUCUUUGCAGAAGCAAUUGAACAGGCCGACCCUGCUAACAUGGUGGAAGACGAGUACAAGGUUGUACGGAACCCAAACUAUGGCUGGCGCGCUCUCAGACUUCUGUCCAGGAGAAGUCCACACUUCUUUCAACCAACCAACCAGAAGUUCAAGAGCCUGGCAGACUACCUGGACAGUAUGGUCAGCAAACUGGCCAAAGAACUGCCGAAGGAUAUUCCUUCCGAAGAGAUCAAGACGGGAGAAGAGGAUGACGAUGACAACGGAGACAAUCUGCUCAAGGACAGCAACGACAGUCCGGGCAUACAGAGCAAGAUCGUGACAAACCAGCAGAUGGAUGACAUCGCGGCCAAACUCGGCGCCCAGUGGAAGACGCUGGCUUCUCAUUUGGAGAUGAAGGCAGCAGAGUUGCGGGAGAUCGAGACCGACAGCGAAGACGUUGAAAUGCAGGCCAAGCUGCUGCUCGUGGCCUGGCAGGACCGAGAGGGAUCACAAGCUACGGUGGAGAACCUGGUCACAGCUCUCACUGCUGCGGGAUUCUCCGAGCUGGCAGACAACCUCAAUGAGGCUUAAUGUACAUCGCUUCUUAAUUAUAUGAACUUUAAUUAUGUUGUCUUUUUUUUUUUUGGUACCAAAAAUAAUCGGAAGAAACUUUUGUAUGUAGUUCAAGUUGAAAACUGUUUUUUCACUGUAGAAAGCCAAUAAAUGUUUUUUUUCUAAGAAA